AUGGAGGUGGAGACACUGAGUAGAUUGCCUGGAAAGUCGCUGAUGAAGUUCCUAUGCGUGUCCAAGACUUGGUCUUCCCUUAUCCGAAGCCAAACAUUCGUCGCUUCUUACUACGCUGCGAAGAAGCCAUCCCGUUUUGUAGUCGCUCUCACCAACGGUGUAUCUGGUGAUCCCAAGCGUCUGUUCAUCUUCACGGGAGAGGAGGAGGCAACUUCGUCUUCUUCUACUUCUUCAUUGGUUGCGAAUCUAGACAUGACAAUACCCUCAGUGACCUUGCCUUGCGGCGGCUACAAGUAUUAUUCCGUCCAUGGCUUUAUCGCUUGUAACGAUGUGACAACGUUCAUUGUAUGUAAUCCUAGCACGGGGCAAGUCAUUACCUUUCCCUGCAAGGCAACGGGCACAUGCUUGGGAUACGAUCCUGUUGGUGAUCAAUUCAAAGCAUUGACCCAUGUGACAUCUAUCUUUGAUCAUAUGCAUAACCCUAGUUGUUUCAUGGUGCACGAGGUUAUAACACUUGGAGGAGGAGGAGUAGUAUCUCGUAGCCUAGUUACCUCCCCGUAUUACCUCCUCCUGUGUUUGUCUGUUUUGAUGUAA